CAGAAAUGACGUGUUAACCUCAAAAUCAAAUCUCAAAAAAAUACGCUAAAAUAACGUGUUUAACUUGUUAAUUUACUAAAAUCAAUAUCUCUUCCAAUGGCGAACACAGCAAACCCCCAACUAACCGAAGACGAAUUAUUCUGCGACGCUGAAACCGACCAAGAAAUCUUCCUCGACGAGCUCAAACUGGACGAAAACAACGAUGAUUACGACGAAGAAUACGACGAAUACGAAUACGAUUCCGAUCCCUACGAAGACGAGAACUAUUCGCGCAGCUCCAACCCGCAGCAAAUCUCGAAAAAAGCCCUCAAUUGCCAACCUACGGAAAACCUCUACAAAAAAUACUCCAACAGAAUCAACGUGGAAAAAUACGACGUACAUUCCCUACCCCACAACACCACCAACCUACUCGUAGAGAAUCAAAAACGAACCGACAACGAACGAAUCCGCAAUAAAGACAAACAAGACCGAGCCACCGCCGAGCAAGUAAUGGACCCCAGAACUCGAAUGAUCCUCUUCAAAUUGCUCAAUCGCAACGCCAUUAGCGACAUAAACGGCUGCAUUUCCACCGGGAAAGAGGCCAACGUGUAUCACGCAUCGACCGACGACGGACGACACUACGCAGUGAAAAUCUUCAAAACUUCAAUUUUGGUGUUCAAAGACAGGGAUAAAUACGUGACGGGCGAGUUCCGGUUCAGGCGGGGCUACUGUAGAAGAAAUCCGAGGAAAAUGGUCCGUACGUGGGCCGAGAAGGAGAUGAGGAAUUUGGUUAGGAUGCAUUCGAACGGUUUAAAUGUGCCCGAACCGAUUGUAUUGAGAUCGCACGUGCUGGUUAUGGGUUUCAUUGGGAAGGACGGCUGGCCGGCUCCCAAACUCAAAGACGUCGAACUGAGCCAAUCCAGAGCGAGAGAACUCUACAGAGACAUCAUCGUGAUAAUGUGGAAAAUUUACAACAAGUGCAAACUCGUCCACGCCGAUCUCUCCGAAUUUAAUAUGCUCUAUCAAAACGGACAGGUUUUCGUUAUAGACGUGUCGCAAUCGGUCGAGCACGAUCAUCCGCACGCUUUGGAAUUUUUGAGGAAAGAUUGUACGAAUGUAACCGAUUUUUUUAGAAAAAAAGAAGUGGCUACAUUGACUGUGAAACAGCUCUUUGAUUUUAUUACCGAUCCGAGUAUAACCGAUGAUAAUAUGGACGAUUGUUUGGAUGCUUUAUCUAAUAAGGCGGCCGAACGAGAUUGUUUGACUUCCAGUGAACAGGUCGAAGAAGAAGUGUUCAAACAAGCCUACAUACCGAAACGAUUAACCGAAGUGAUAGACUUCGAACGGGACAUUAACCAAGCGAAGGCCGGAAUUUUAGACAAUUUGGUCUACAAAACCUUGGUAGGCUUGAAAUCCGAUUUGAGCGGUACAGUAGACACUCCCGAAAUUUUAAAUAAAACCGAUACGGACGAAGAUGAAGCCUCUUCUUCUGAUGGAGAAUCGGAAGAAGUCGAAGACGAGCGGAGCAAAUUCAAAGAUUGUUCGAGACCCAAAGAGGAAUCGUUGGAGGAGAAAAAGAUGAGGAAGAAAGCGGUGAAAGAUGCACAAGCGGAGAAGAGGAAAGCGAAAGUUAAAAAGCACGUGAAGAAGAGGAAAGAAAAAAUUUCGAAAAAAUAAAAUUGUAAUUAUUUUCGUUGUUAAAAAAAUGUUGAAAUAACUACACCGUGUUCCAUGUGGAAUUCGGUCAUUAAAACUGUUUUCAAUCAUUUAGAACUGUCUAGAAUCAUUUGGAAACUAUCCAGAAACUUUUGAAACUGUCUAGGAUAAACUAGGAAAGUUCAGAACUAUUUAGAACUGUCCGGAACUAUUGAUCCUCGUUGUUUAAUAAACCUG